AUGGUGGCUCCAAGGAACACCGCCUAUGCUGAGGAAAGCGCCGAGGUUGAGGUGCUCUACGCCAACCUCGAAAAGCUGAACCGGCUCACCAAGAAGAUCCAAGGGUCUAUGGUACGCCUUGAAACGGGUGGAAAGGUUGUCAAGGAAGCCAUUGGUCCCAUCUACAGCAACACCCAAUCCCUACAGAUUACCAACAGCAACAUCGACAAGGUCAACGAUGCCAUCGAUCGCUUGCGCCAGCCUCUUGAUGCGAAAAACCGCGAAGAUGGUAUCAUCCGCGCAGGUCCACAGAGCUCCGGCAUCACGCAGUAUCUCUCGGCGAUGAAACGUGUUGAAAAGGCGCUGGUCGACCUCAACACAACAAAUCUGCGAUCUAAUCAGAAAGCGAUCGCCGAUUUCAACACGCUCUUGAACAUCGGAAGUAUAAAGCUACAAGACACCCUACGCGCAGAAUUGAACCAACACGCCACACCAAUUGAGCCCCUACAUUAUCUUACGAAAGACCUAUCAUUCCCAUCUAUCCCCGAAGAAACGAUAUCUCAUCUGGCACCAUUGUGCUCGGCGGUCGGCUCCGCAUCCGUUCAUGGGCUCCAGCGAACCAAGGGUGAGAACCCUGCGUUGAAAGUAUACGCUGAGGUGCGGGGUCCGUAUAUCACAUCCAGCUUGCAGAACCUCGCGAUCGCAUCCAUGAACACAGUCAAGCGCAGGCCCACAGACGGUCCUUACAAGCAAGGUACCAAUGGCAUUGGUCUCUACUCGAAUGCGUUGGAGGCUUUUAUCACCACAGAGCAUGGCAUCAUUGUACAAUUGUUCAGUGGCGAUCAGCAGGGUCUGGCUUUACAAGCAACGUUCCUCUCCGCAAUGGGCGAAUACUCCAAGACACUGCGCGAGCUCAAUCAGUACAUCAAGGCAAAUCUCAUGACCGACUGCUUCCUCGCCUUUGAGAUUAUCGAGAUCGUGACCGCCAUGUCCUAUCGAAUUGAUUCAAAGGCAGCAGAGUUGAAGAGCCUGUUGAUUGAGGCUCUCCGGCCUGUGCGCGAGACUGCUAAGUCAUCCCUUUCCGAGUUACUCGAAGAAACGAAGCGAAAGGCUGCUAGCGUACCACUUCCGCCAGACGGUGGAUCAGUACCUUUAGUGGAGGAAGUGAUGAGCUCUUUAGCUACUUUGACGCACUACUCGGGUCCUUUGGCUUCGAUUCUGACGUCUUUGGGCGAUGGGAAUUGGCGAGCAAAGUCUAACGCUGCGGGCUCUGCUCCACUAGACGUCGGCCCAGACAGCGCGACUCUUCUCUCGCACUUCAUUCUGGACAUGCUCGAGGCCUUGAUGACCUCUUUAGAAGCACGCGGUCGGGCAUUCCACCGAUCAAAGGCAGCACUCGGAGUCUUCCUCUCCAACGUGUUCUGUAUCGUGGAUAGGUCUAUCCGACAAAGUCCAGAGCUAGCACGCUACCUUGGUUCCCCAGACAGCAUCGCCAGGAUCGACACAUUCCGCAAGCGCGCGACAUCUACCUACCUGGAUGCAUGGAAAGAAACCUCGCAAUAUCUUCUCGAUGUGCAGUACACCUCUCGUGGAGCGCAGCGCAAUUCUAGCGGCAACGUGGACUCAAGUGCUAUUGUCAAAUCCCUUUCGUCUAAGGACAGGGACGCAAUCAAGGACAAAUUCAAGUCGUUCAAUGCUAGCUUCGAUGAGAUGGUGUCUCGACACAAGACGCUUCACAUGGAGCGCGAAGUGCGUACUGUGCUAUCUCGGGAGCUGCAGACUGUUCUCGAGCCCUUGUAUGCUCGGUUUUACGACCGAUAUGUCGAGAUCGACAAGGGACGAGGCAAGUACAUCAAAUACGACAAGGCAAGCUUGUCGGUCCAAUUGGCACAGCUGGCAUAA